AUGGAUUUAGCAAGCCGUUCAUCCUACCGUGGUCAAGUGACCAAGCUUGUGAAGGCAGCAAACGAAUAUUUAAUUUCUGAAGAAUCUGAAAUUAAAUCCAACGCAGAAAAUCUUGAUAAAAUCGAGGAGGAGCUUGAGGUAUUUCUGGAUCGUCUGCUCUCCUCGCAUGAAAGUUUACUUAAAGCAAACGACGAGGUCAAGUCUUUGAUUAAACCUGAAGAUUUCGUAAAGGAAUCAGAAGCUGUGGCUGACUAUAACGAUAAGGCGAUAGGGGUAAUCACGCGGUUGAAGCAUAGAUUGUCAAAAAUUCGGCUGCUGCAAACGGGUCCACUUCCAGAAGCAUCACGUGUUCACGAGACUUCUACAGUUGUUCCUAAUGCGAUGCAACAUGCGGUAAAGUUAAAAAAAUUAUUUCCUAAAAGAUUCUCAGGUGAUUAUAAAGACUGGUUUCCAUUUUGGGAGCAAUAUCGUACUUUAAUUCAUGAAAAUUCAUCACUAACGACCAUCGAUAAGUUUAAUUAUUUAGAAACGUCACUGUAUGGAAGAGCUGCAGAAACAUUAGCUGGCCUAACGCCUACAGAAGCCAACUAUAAUUCUGCAAUUGAGUUGCUCAAAGAGGAGUACGGAGAUCAAGAAAAAAUUAUCGACCAUACAAUGCAACAGCUUUUAUCAACACCACCAGUAAGUUCUAAGACAGAUUCUGUUGGGCUGAGACGAUUGUAUACGUCGGUUCUAACCGCAACUCGAUCUCUGACGUCUUUGGGUGUUCCCUCGUUACAAUAUUUUGUGAUGCUCAAGGGUGUGCUUCUCCGAUGCAUUCCGAAUGAUCUUCGUGUGGAUUUCCAUCGUUUUUACCACAGUCAAUCUGGCAAUCAUCAGGUCGAAAACUCAGACGAAAACAUGGACGACUUAGCUUCAACAUCGGCAUCUGAAAUCACUUCUACAAAGUCAAUCGGCGAUAAACAGGUAAAUUGUCUACUUACAUUUCUCAAACGAGAGGUCGAAGCUCUAGAAAAGGCGAAUGAGGCAAAAGGUAACUCUGCUCGUGUUCAACAUCAACCAGGUACGAGUUCUCGACAAGUCAAAACCGCUGUGGGGCUAUUUACGGCAGGAGAGCAUGAACAUACGUGCUUCUUUUGUAAAAGUAAAGAUCACGCAACCACUGAAUGUAAUUGUUUACCGAACUUAUCUAAAAAAAAAGAAUUACUUCGCACUGAUGGUAGGUGUUUUCGUUGCUGUACGAAGGGACACAAUUCUAAAACCUGCAAGGUAAAACGAAUUACUUGCAGUUCUUGUAAUGGGCGACACGCAACAAGCAUGUGCGAUCCUCUGUUCAUAGCCAGAAUUAACGAAGCAAAGCAAGGUAUUGGUAGAAUUGGUGGCUCAGCUGAGCCUACGUCACAAUUAUCGAAACAGUUAAGUAUGCCAUCGUCGAGUCAAAAUACUUUUAAUUUGUACACUGCUCAAACACUUGGACAGUCAUGUAGUGUUUUAUUACAGACUGCUUGUGCAUUUGCUGGAAACGGAAUUUCUAACAGAGAGUUGUUUAUUCGAUUUGUCAUGGAUGGUGGGAGCCAAAUGUCUUUUGUGAAAUCAUCUGUUGCUCGCUGCAUUAAUUUGUCACCGACUGGUUCUCACAACUUGAGUAUAAUCUCAUUUGGAAGUGAUAAGCCUAAGCCAAACCGGUUAUGUAAUAAGGUAAAAAUAAUCUUACGCAGCCAAUAUAAUAAUCGUACAUUCGUUGUUGAAGCGAUUGAAGUACCCGAAAUUUGUGUUGAUGCUCUCGCUGCGCCCCCGAGUCAAUUGCUGGAAACAUCAUUGCAUGGUUUACCAUUAGCAGAUUCUCGUACUUUAGGGAAUAUACCAGAAGAAGGCAUAAGUCUCCUAAUUGGUGCUGAUUACUACUGGCAAUUUGCUACGGAUAAAUAUAAGCGAAUAACCGAUAAACUAACAGCAAUAGAAACUGUAUUUGGCUGGACAAUUCAAGGACCAUUGCCACAAACUGAAGUUUCCAAAACUAGCAUCACGUCUCUAGGUAUAUGUGUCUGCGAAGAAGCUCGUAAAUUUUGGCAACUCGAAGUUCUGGGAAUUGCUUUAACAUCUAAUGAAAAUGUCGAUACAGAUUUAUCUCUUAAUGUUCGCAGGUUAGAUCAUCGCUUUGAAGCAUUGCUCCCGUGGAAAGAGAUGGGUUUACUUGAUGACAACUAUCCAGGAGCCCUACAACGAUUCAAGGCCCUCGUCAGAAAACUUUGCGUGAAUAAAAAACUUCUGGAAUAUGACAAUGCGUUUAAUGACAUGCUCUCAAGUGGAAUAGCCGAACCAGCACCGUACCCAAUCGAAGGCGAACGUGUGUAUUACAUGCCUCACCGUCCAGUCUACAGGGAAGACAAAGAAACAACGAAAUUGCGUAUCGUUUUUGACGCGUCAGCUCAUGCCUCUAAUCAAUAUUCGCUUAACCAACAUCUUGAAGUGGGCAAUAAUCUGUUACCUGAUAUUAUAACGAUUCUAUUAAAUUUCAGAAUUGGUAAGAUUGCAUUAACAGCAGAUAUAGAAAAGGCUUUUUUACAGAUAAUGCUGCACCCGAAAGACCGCGAUAGUCACAGAUUUAUUUGGUUUUCGGAUAAAUUAAAUAACGUUGACAAUCUUCCUGACAUAAAGGUAUUUCGAAUGACUCGUGUGACAUUUGGCGUCACUUGCAGCCCUGGCCUUUUGGCUGUCACAAUUAUAAAGGCGAUUAAAGAAGCUGAACAAACAUACCCCCGAACGUGCGCUCUUCUCCUCAAGAGUUUUUAUGUAGACGAUCUUGUGUGCAGUGUCGAUGAAGAAAUAGAUGCCGUGAAAAUUCAAAAAGAAGCCAACAUCAUUCUUAAAAGUGCAUCUAUGAAUUUAUGCAAAUGGAAUUCCAACAACUCUUCCGUUCGUCGUAAGAUUCCAAUAGAUCAAGAUAUUCACAAACUUCAAAAGGUACUUGGUCUGUGUUGGUUAGUUGCCACAGAUGAAUUGGCUGUAAAUGUUGAUGGACUUCUGAAUCUUUUAGAGUCAGAGAAGCCAAAAGGCACAAAGCGGAAUGUUCUUAAGGUAAUGGCAAAAAUAUUUGACCCUCUUGGUUUUCUAGGUCCUUGGAUAGUUCGUCUUAAAAUCCUUUUUCAAUCAAUCUGGCGUAAACAUCUAGAGUGGGACGAGCUCUUACCUGAAGAUAUGAUGAAAAUUUGGAUGACAUGCUGCCAUGAAGUGAGCGAUCUUCGGAAAAUAGCCUUUCCACGUCAUGUGAUUGUUGGUAAGAGAAACGUUGAAAUACAUAUUUUUGCAGAUGCGAGCCAAUAUGCUUUCGGAGCCGUAGCCUAUGCAAGAACGCGUGACGAUAUUGGAAAUAUUUUUGUGCGUUUCUUAUGUGCUAAAAAUAGAGUGGCACCUCUAAACAACAAAAAUCAGAACGAACUAACCAUUCCAAAGCUUGAAUUAACUGCUGCUCUCGUUGCAGCUCGUUUAUUAGAUUACAUGCAGAAAAACUUGCGUGUUGAAUUUAAUGAUGCUUAUCUAUGGACGGAUUCGAAAAUUUCAUGGUUUUGGAUUACUGGUUCCAGUAAACGUUGGAAACCAUAUAUUGAAAACAGGGUCCGCGAAAUAAGAUCUAUUUGCGAUGUUUCAAAGUGGAGACACUGUCCAGGCCUAGAAAACCCAGCAGACCUAGUCACAAGAGGUAUUAACGCUAACGCUCUUAUAAAUUCAUCUUUGUGGAUGUCUGGACCGGAUUGGUUAAAAGAAAAUCAAUCAACAUGGCCACAAAACGAUAUCAGUAUUACAACCUUGAUUACCUCUUUACAUGUGACUGAAGAAAUUGAAGCUCACUCCGCUUUAGUUGAGUUAAAAAAUAUUAUUACUCCACCUAUGAAUCCAAUCGAUUUUAGCACUUGGAGACAUCUGCUCCGAACAACCGCUUACUUUUUUCGUGCAUAUAAUUUCUUUAAGACAAAAAAGAAGUUUCCAACUUUUCUUACGGCCGAUGAAAUUAUAUCUGCUGAAAAAUGCUGGAUAAAAUAUGUCCAGAGGCAACAUUUUAAAGAUGAAUUAACUUUACUUUUUAAUAAAAAAUGUAUUCCAUCAAGUUCUGAUCUGGCAACUCUUAAUCCAUUUUUAGAUGACACUGAUGAACUAUUACGAGUUGGAGGGCGUCUUCAGUUUGCAGGAUUAAGUCCAGAAGAAACUCAUCCGUAUAUUUUGCCCAAAUCAUCGCACAUUACGAAGCUGAUUGUAAGAGACACCCACGAGAAGCUAUUUCAUGCCGGAACGAAUUCAGUCCUUUCAAAGCUUCGCUCAAGAUUCUGGAUACUUAAAGUAAGGCAACUUGUUAAAAAUAUUAUUAAAAAUUGUUUUGUUUGCAAGCUCCUUCAAGCUAAAUCAGCAUCACAACCCUUCGCUCCACUUCCUAGAGAGCGAAUACUGCAUACAAGGCCUUUCGAGAUCACUGGUGUGGAUUUUGCUGGUCCGCUUUAUGUGAUCGAUAGAACCAAACAAUCGAGGAAGGUCUACAUAAUGCUGCUUACUUGUGCAGCAGUAAGAGCAGUGCACUUAGAGGUGGUUUUGGAUCUGACAGCCGAAAGUUGUCUUUUGGCAUUGAGGCGUUUUAUUGCGCGAAGAGGUGUACCUCGGAUUAUAUAUUCCGAUAAUGCCAAGACUUUCAAAAAGGCAUCUACAGAACUAAGUCAUAAACUUAAAUUGAAAUCAAAUCCCGAUUUUCAAUGCUUCUUAACUGAUCAACGUAUUACCUGGAAAUUUAUCGUCGAACGUGCACCUUGGUGGGGUGGAUUCUGGGAGCGUCUAGUAAGAGUUGUGAAAUCCUCAUUGAAGGCCGCAGUGCUGAAAGCAACUUUGUCUAUCGACCAAUUUACGACUCUUCUUACUGAAGUUGAAUUUGUAGUCAAUUCGCGACCUCUUACGUACUGCAGUGAUGAUUCUUCGGAUUGUGCUCCCCUUACACCUGCCCAUUUUCUUGGUGUUCAAGGAAUAUCUGGUGAUUCUACACCCGAACAGAAUUUUCAACCCAUCAAUCAAAAUACGCUGAGAUCAGAGUGGGCACAACGUUUACAAAAUAUUUCAAUAUUUAAACGCCGUUGGUUUAGAGAAUAUCUUCAACAGUUACGCUCAUUACAUCAUGAGAGACAAGCAACAUCGACCUACCUUGCAGCUGGAGAAGUGGUACUAAUAGAAGAUCCAUCUUUGCCUAGGAUACUCUGGCGAUUAGCGAUCAUCCAAAAAACAUUUCCAGGGCGAGACGGAAAAGUUCGUGCAUGUGAAGUACGAUUGGCUAAUGGUUCAGUUCUUCGAAGACCAGUUCAACUUUUAUAUCCUUUGGAAAUAAGUUCUUAA